UGCCGCCCAUUGCUUCAAAAUACAAAACAGUGAAGAAGAAGAAGAAGGUGUUAACCUUUAACGGCGUGGGGAACUGUAUAUAAACGCGUGAAGUGCGCCUUUAUUUUUAAUCCCUAUUUUCUGAGCAUAAAUAUUCAAUGCAUCAUCCUUCAUCUAUUGCAAUUGCACCUUCCAUGUGAAAACAGUGAUUUCUGAAACCCCUUGUUGUGUUUGUUGUGUCUCUUGCACUUUUUCUUUCUUAUGAACAAAGAGACUUUGAGGAUUGUCUGAAUUGAGUUGGUGCUGAAUCCAAGCUUAUUUUGGCCGGUCUAUUCUUGCUGGUGCGGAAUCAUUUCAGCAUUGUCUGGAAUAAGACUUUCAGAUUCCUUGUCAAGUUUAAUACUUAAAGAUGGUUUUAAAUGAGCAUUCAGACGUUGGUCAGUGGGCUAUUAAUCUUUUUGACGGUUACCCUGGUUAUAGUCCUGGAUACUAUAGUGAUAUAAUUCAACAUGAUACUGAAGAUGUCUAUAAUGGACAGUACUUCCAUAGCCAUCAUGAUCCCGAAUGUAACCAAGUAGAGAAUGAUGAGAUCAUUGCACGGACUCUUCAAGAAGAGUUUUCCCAGCUAGAGAUUGCUGAGUGUUCAAGGUAUUCACAGGCAGAUGAAGAACAUUUCCGUGUUUCUGAGCCUGCAUAUGAUUGGCAUAACACAUCGAUGAUGAACUAUUGUUCAGGAGGUCAUGAUUAUGCCCUCGAAAGAGUUGAUGACAUAGAACCUUCUAGUUCAUGUUGUUGUACUUGCGAAACGGGGGAAUGCUCAUUGGAGUUUACCGGCCAUUAUCCACUUGAUGAUGAAAUCGGGAGGAGAUUGAGUCAGAUGAUUCCAACUCCUCAUGUUCCAAAAAUUAAUGGAGAAAUUCCUUCAAUUGAUGAAGCAACUUCAGAUCAUCAAAGGCUUUUGGAUAGACUGCAGUUAUAUGACUUUGUGGAGCAUAAGGUACAAGGUGAUGGUAAUUGUCAGUUCCGUGCAUUAUCUGAUCAAUUGUAUAACACACCUGAUCACCACAUGUUUGUGAGACGACAAGUUGGGGACCAGCUGAAGUCUCACCCCGAGAUUUAUGAGGGAUAUGUUCCCAUGGAAUAUGGCGAAUAUUUGGAAAAGAUGUCUAAGAGUGGUGAAUGGGGCGAUCAUGUCACUCUUCAAGCAGCUGCAGAUUUGUAUGGUGCGAGAAUAUUUGUGAUGACUUCUUUCAAGGACACCUGUUGCAUAGAGAUUCUUCCUCAUUUUGAGAAGCCAAAAGGAGUGAUUUUCCUAAGUUUUUGGGCAGAGGUGCAUUACAACUCCAUCUAUCCUCAAGGAGGUAUACCUUCAAGUGAGUCAAGAAAGAAGAAAAGGUGGUGGAGCUUUGGGAGUAAGCAUUAAGAGUGGGGGCAGCCUUGAGAGCACCAAUUUUCAACCUGCACAAGUUCCCAAAUUUUUGGUGCUUCUGCAUUUUGGAUCAUUGAAUUCAGAAGCAGGGAUACCAAACUUUUGGGGUUGAAUUGCCCUUAAUUUAUAUUUCCAUUUUUUUUUUCUGGUCAUUUUUGUAUGCUUAAUUUGAUUUUCCCUUUUACUAAUUAUAAAUCUGGGUAUGCUGACCCAGUUACACCCCAGUGACAUUUUGGAUGCUAUUUUAUUUGUUAAAAA